AGACUCAGAAGGUACUUAAGUACCCAAGUAUUCAGAGUCUAGUCUUCACCCUGAGAGGAGGGCAUUCAAGACGCCCUCUCAGAGGCUUUACUCCCGACCAUGGCGCUGCCCGGCUCCUCACAAGCCGAGACUUGGAGCCUGGAGCCUCCGGUCCCCACAGCAUCUUUGCCCUUGGGACCUCAGGAGCAGGAGGUGGCCGGGGGCCCUGGAGCAUCUGGGGGGCUUCCCCUAGAGAAGGUGAAGAGGCCUAUGAACGCCUUCAUGGUGUGGAGCUCUGUUCAGCGCCGCCAGAUGGCGCAGCAGAACCCCAAGAUGCACAACUCCGAGAUCUCGAAGCGCCUGGGCGUGCAGUGGAAGCUGCUGGGCGAUGAAGAAAAGAGACCCUUCGUGGAGGAGGCCAAGCGCCUGAGGGCUCGCCACCUGCGCGACCACCCCGACUACAAGUACCGGCCCCGGCGCAAGAGCAAGAACUCGGGCCCCGGGUCUGUUCACUUCAGCCAGAGACGAGGUGACACGGCCUGUGGUGGCCCACGUUGGGGGUAUACAGCCACCCAAGGGAGCAGAGGCUUUGGAUACCAGCCCCCCAACUAUUCGACAGUCUACCUGCCUGGGAGUUAUGCCUCCUCCCACUGUCGCCCGGAACCCCCCUCACCGUGCACCCUCCCUCAGAGUGACCCCAGGCUCCAGCAGGAGCUGAUGCCCUCUUUGCCUCCCUACCUACCCCCUGGCGCUCCCACCCCAUACAGCGCUCCCCUUGCUGGUGCCCCCAUGCCUGUAACCCACCUUUAACUGGCAAGGACACCCAGGCCCACUCCACAGACCCAGCCCUUUUCAGUUCAGGGGCCUACAAGGAACCAGAGUGCAUAAAACCACACUAAACAUAAUUUUGUACAUUAAAGCCCGCCUCUGAGUCUUUAUUGUCCCGUCCUACUCUCUCACUACAGCACAACCAGAACCUUCUCCCCACCCUUCCGCAGGGACCUGCCACAGCAGGAACCUCCCCACCUGCC